UGAGUGCAGAUGGUCCUGAAUGCAAAUGGGGAAGGACAUCGGAACUCCAUACAGAGGAUCCAAGACACCACAGGGUGUUAAUGACCCUCUCUCCUUUGUCAUGAUCUUGAUGCUCCACUAAUCAAGCAAGUGUGGACGUCUGUGUAAGUGUGAGACCAUCAUGGUGGCGUUUAAAGGAGUCUGGACUCAGCCUUUCUGGAAAGCUGUUUCAGCAGAAUUUUUGGCCAUGCUAAUUUUUGUCCUCCUCAGCCUUGGCUCUACAAUCAACUGGGGUGGAGCUGAAAAGCCCCUCCCUGUAGACAUGGUCCUUAUUUCUCUCUGCUUUGGACUCAGCAUUGCAACUAUGGUACAGUGUUUUGGACACAUCAGUGGAGGCCAUAUUAACCCUGCUGUGACUGUUGCUAUGGUCUGCACUAGGAAGAUCAGCCUUGCCAAGUCUGUCUUCUACAUUGUUGCCCAGUGCCUGGGGGCUAUUGCAGGGGCAGGACUUCUCUACCUUGUCACACCCCAAGAUGUGGUGGGAGGCUUGGGAGUUACUAUGGUACAUGGCAAUCUCUCCGCUGGCCAUGGACUCCUGGUGGAGUUGAUAAUUACAUUCCAGCUGGUUUUUACUAUUUUUGCCAGCUGUGAUUCAAAACGAAAAGACGUCACUGGUUCAGUAGCUUUAGCAAUUGGAUUUUCUGUUGCAAUUGGACAUUUAUUUGCAAUCAACUACACUGGUGCCAGUAUGAACCCUGCUCGAUCGUUUGGACCUGCUGUUAUUAUGGGAAAAUGGGAAAACCAAUGGGUGUAUUGGUUAGGACCAAUAAUAGGAGCAGUCCUUGCAGGUGCCCUUUAUGAAUACGUCUACUGUCCAGAUGUUGAACUCAAGCAUCGUUUUAAAGAUGUCUUCAGUAAGGCUACCCAGCAGUCUAAAGGAAAAUAUGUGGAGGUGGAAGAUACUCGGAGCCAAAUAGAGACUGAUGAUUUGAUCCUGAAGCCUGGCAUCGUUCAUGUGAUUGACAUUGAAAGAGGUGAAGACAAGAAGAGAGGUGAUCCGUCCAGUGAGGUGCUGUCUUCAGUAUGACUAGCAAAGAGCACUGAAAGCAGAGGACAGCCUUCUAGCAUGUCCACAGAUAUCCUUCCACCCAUUAAAGAGACAGAUUUACUUUAAAGCAAGUAUAUACAACACCUUAAACUGUAUGGUGAUGAAAGCAGCUAGGUAGUUAAAUAGUUGUUUUACCAAACCAUACAUCUCAGUUUGAAUAUUAAAGGUUUACUUUAUUUAGGGGUCCCCACCGAUUAUUCCAAGUUCAGAAAUAUUCUUUUCCCCCCGCUUUUUUUGGAAUAUCCCUAAAAUCAAUUUAAAAGAAAGAUGAAAGCAUUUCCCUUUAAUAAUUUAAUCAAUAGUGAGAUGGAAAUAAAGAUAUUUAACAUUCAGAUUGACAGUUAAGACUUAUCAGCAAAUGCCUAUAGACAUACAGACAUAUUUAUCAGAUUGUUCUUCUGACACUUAAUUGGCUGUUGUCAACCCUGAUUAGAAUAUCUUACCAUUAAGCAGUUUUUGAAAGGUUCAGUGACAAAAAUGCCAGUGUACAGUAUUUAACAGAUUCAUCCAAAUUCAAAAAAAGAAAGUGUUGGUUUUUUCUUGUGUAUCCCCUCUCAUCCUUUCUUUAAAACCUACUUCUGAAAAACUAUAUUGUUAAUUGGUAGAAAAUAGGUACUGAUCAGUCAUCCUACCAGUUUCUACUCAUCAGGUAUCCACAGUAUAUAAAAACACUGCUUUCUUCUCUGCUUAUGACCAGAAAUAGUGAAGUUGAAAUUCUGAUUUGAGCUGCAAAACAUUUUCAUAGAUUGUAUACAAGUUAGUAUAGCUGUCCAUCUGGUGAAACAUUCUCUUGAGGUUCAGCUAUUGAUCAUUUAGGGUCGCCAGUCUAUCAAGGUCAUUCGGAAAACAUGAAAGCUCACGUGUUACUCAGUAACUCAAGUAAAAGAUAUCAGAAGAAAGGAAGGUGUAUCUGUUUUCAGUGCUCCUGUUCAAAUAAACAUUUCUGUGCUAAUUUAUAUAACCUAAAAGUUUAAAUGACUUACCCAUUUUGCUUACAAGGAGACUAUUUUUUAUUUUUUAGCAAAGUAGAUGAGGUUUUAUUUUAAUUCUGGGUAACUAUAUUGAAAUACUGAUUGGGAAAUAUUUUUGAUAAAGGCUCAUAUUGAUACGACUACUUUAGCUUUGACUGUUGUUAACUGGUCUCUCUUUUGUUGAGUAUCAUUGAUGAGUGUUCCACUGUUCAUAUAGUUUUAUUCUAUCAUGUCUAUAGUAAAGGUUUUGUCAUUAGUCUUAUUUCUUAAUAAGAAAAGAAAGUGAGAUGCUUUAUAAAAGAAUGUGAAAAGGGAUGUCCCGAUGUUUCUACACACAUAAAGAUAACCAAUCUUUCCUCUAUGGAAGCAUUUCAACAGAUAUAGCUAACCCAACCAAAAAGUUCUUUAGAGCUCUUCCUAAACAAGACACUGCUUUGUUCCUAACCAAUUGUUUGGAAUUUUUUUGUGAUAUGCCAUUACAGUGCUGUUGGAGUACUAUGUUAUUACCAUAAUUGUAUGUGUUUUUUAAUCUAAAACAUGAAAAGUCAUUGAUGCUUACAUAAAUACUGGAGGAAAAUGAAUCAGCAAAGGUUGUAAAUUGUACUAGACUGGUCUAUUCUUUGACAUAUUAAAUGAGUUUGUUCUAAUGUAUUAGAUAGAUACAGUGAUGGAGUAAUAGACCACUGGUAAACUCAAAGCUGUUCAUCACUGCGCAAGGACAAUACUGGUAUAUUUGUUUUUCUGUUCUCAUGUCCCCUUUAUGAUAGCUUUCACCCCUAUAGGAAAGAGAAAUAUAUUUUAUUAACUGUACAUAGGAAACAAUCACAGCAUCAACAUUCAUGAAUAUAAAUGUAAGUAAGAGCAUGCAUGACAUUUUUAGUGCUCGCAUAUGGUAGGACAGAAAUCUGCUUUUGUUCAGUGGGAAGUACAAGGUCUGAAGGCUAAGACAUAUACUGUCUCUCUGUACAAGGCUGGAUUUUACCUUAAACGAAUUCAGUGGGAAAAAUUUAAAACUGGAGCACUGUUUCGGCCCUAGUUUUGUUCUGCUUUUUGGACUAAUUUCUUUUGGACUUUGCAAAACAUUUUGCAUGGUUUCAGCUGCAAGCUAAAUGGAGAAAGCUAUUAUCACAUUUGUAGACUUUAAAAGACUUUUUUUGCAUUUAAUUUGUGUACUAAGCAUGCUCUAGUAACUCAUGAUUUGUAAAGUUUGUAGGGCAUCAUAUUAUUUAAAUACAAGACCGUGAUUAUGUUAUUUUGUAUUUACAGCCCUUUUAGACAAAAGGAAUUAAAUGUGUACCUUCCCCAACUAUCUACAGUCCAAUUCUAUUGCUGAGGUGAAUAUAAAACUAGCCAAGUCAAUUAAAAGACUUUUUUUUUUCAUGAAACACUAUUACUGAAGGGUGGCAAACACUCAGUGCCUGUCUCAGGAGACUUCUUCACACAAAGAAAGAGACAGUGAUAAGACAGAUUGCUGAACAAAGAAGGCAGGGAGAAAGGGAAGCCAAAGCAAAUACAACACAAUCUGGUGAGGGAUAUUGCCACCCGGUCUCUGUAGACUUAAGAGGUUAUGGUAAGAAAAGUGAGAUACAGUGGGUCAGCUUGUACUCUCACUGAGGAAGACUCUUUGAGAGGUUUGCUGUUGAAUAGCAUGGAAGUAAUGAAGUGUCAUUUUAUUAUUUGAUACCGUUCUCUCAUACAAAUUGUAUUUUGUAUGUGUUUUUCAAAAUUAAAGGUUGAGAGAGAUCCUUUCAGCAAGAUGUAUUACUUUGAAAGCAGGUGCAUUUGUCUUGAGCUUUAUGACCCACCUCUAAAGCAAACUCCAGGAAUAUUUCUCAUUACAGUCUAUUCUACAGCACCACACAGAGAGAUCAUCAUUAAACAAAGGGAAUGCCACAGAUCAAUCACUUUAACAAAUUGACUUAGCCUCAACCUGAAGGAAUAUGUGUUCUUAUAAAUUGUUUUCUGUGGUGUCAUUACCAUGUAGUAUGUACCUUUUGGUUAAACACUAUAGACUAACAUGACUUUUUCUCAUGAUCUGGUUUGUAUUUUAGUAUUGUUUUAAUAAUACUCUUGUACUUUAUAUUUUGUUGGCUGUCAGUUGCAUGCACCUAGUAAUAUAACUUGGUAAUCUAAGUUUUACAAUGUAAAUCUUAUUUGUUCAUGAUGGUGAAUAGAUAUGACAAAAACUAUGCCCAUUGGUCAUUAUGACCCCAGUAUCCUCAAAAUUUAGAAAUGGAAAUGACCAGCCAGAUGGACUCUUACAUCUGCUCUGUCAAUGAAAGAGUUGUUUCCUUCAGUAUAUUCACAUCAGGACCAAGGUAUUCAAAAUAUUUAAUUGCUGCCAAUCAAAAC